CUGCUCUCUCGCCGCCUCUCCCCCCCGGCGGGAGCCGCUCUCAGCCUCUUUGCACUAGUCGCUCCGCUCUCUCGGUCAUGUGACCUUAACGUAACCGGACAGGAAAAGCCCCGCCGCCGCCGCCCGCCGCCGCGCCGGAGACACCGACCGCGGCGGCAGCAGCAGCAGCAGCAGCAGCGGCGGCAGCAACGCGGGGCAGAGGCGGCGGCGGGGACAGUUAGGCCAGGCCGCCCGGCUCUGCCUCCCCCCACGCCCCGCCGCGGCCGCACCGGCGACAGAUUUUUUAAAAAAUGGAUUUGACCAACCAUGGACUUAUUCUACUGCAGCAGUUAAACGCUCAGCGAGAGUUUGGUUUCCUGUGUGACUGCACGGUUGCAAUCGGCGAUGUGUACUUCAAGGCACACAAAUCAGUUCUCGCUUCAUUCUCCAAUUACUUUAAGAUGUUGUUUGUCCAUCAGACCAGUGAAUGUGUCCGUCUGAAGCCCACCGACAUACAGCCUGACAUCUUCAGCUAUUUGCUGCACCUGAUGUACACCGGGAAGAUGGCGCCACAGCUCAUCGACCCCGUGCGGCUAGAGCAAGGGAUCAAGUUCCUGCACGCGUACCCCCUCAUCCAGGAGGCCAGCCUGGCCAGCCAAGGCAGCUUUUCCCAUCCCGAGCAAGUCUUCCCGCUGGCCUCCUCCUUGUACGGCAUUCAGAUCGCAGACCACCAGUUGAGACAAGCCACCAAGAUGAAUUUAGGGCCUGAGAAACUUGGGCGGGAACCUAGGCCCCAGGCACCCAGGAUGAGCCAGGAGCCGGUGCCUGAGCCCUCGCAGCUGUCACAGCUGCCUACAAACCUGGCCCAGGUGAAUCGGACGAGUAUGGCUCCCGCCGACCCCCUGCAGACUUCACUGUCGCCUGAACUUGUCUCCACGCCUGUUCCUCCCCCUCCUCCUGGGGAGGAGACCAACCUGGAGGCCUCUUCCUCCGACGAGCAGCCAUCCUCCCUCACCAUCACCCACGUGAAGCCAAGCAUCAUGAAGAGGAACGGGAGCUUCCCCAAGUACUACGCCUGCCACCUGUGCGGCCGGCGCUUCACGCUGCGCAGCAGCCUGCGGGAGCACCUGCAGAUCCACACCGGGGUGCCCUUCACGGCCGGCCCGCCGGGGGAGGGCCGGGGCCCGCUGUCGCUCGGCAGCAGCGCCGACCUGGGCAAGGACGCCCUGGAGGUGCCGGAGGCGGGGAUCAUCAGCGACAGCGAGCUGCAGCACAUCUCCGACUCCCCCAUCAUCGACGGGCAGCAGCAGUCGGAAACGCCGCCGCCCUCGGACAUUGCCGACAUCGACAACCUGGAGCAGGCGGACCAGGAGAGGGAGGUGAAGAGGCGCAAGUACGAGUGCACGAUCUGCGGCCGCAAGUUCAUCCAGAAGAGCCACUGGCGUGAGCACAUGUACAUUCACACGGGCAAACCCUUCAAGUGCAGCACCUGCGACAAGAGCUUCUGCCGGGCCAACCAGGCCGCGCGCCACGUGUGCCUCAACCAGAGCAUCGACACCUACACCAUGGUGGACAAGCAGACGCUGGAGCUCUGCACCUUCGAGGAGGGCAGCCAGAUGGACAGCAUGCUGGUGCAGGCCAACAAGCCCUACAAGUGCAACCUGUGCGACAAGACCUUCUCCACGCCCAGCGAGGUGGUCAGACACUCCUGCCAGAGCCAGAGCUCGGACGUGUUUGCGCUGGACGACGGGCGGGCGGUCCUCCUGGGCAGCGGGGACCCAGAAGUGACCGACCCGGACCACCCCGUGUUAGCGUCCAUCAAAAAGGAACAAGAAACUGUGUUACUAGACUGAGUGUGACUUGUCUUUUUAAAAACUGUCAUUUUUACAAAGAACCUUCUACCCUGCUCGGGAAAGUUUCUCCACGGCAUGAUACAAACGGGCCCCACCCCUCUCCUGCCCCCUCCUCCCAGCCCCAUCUCUGUAAGGCUUUGUGCGUUAUAAACCUGGACUAUAUUUACUGUAAUUCAGGGGAUAUUGGAAGGAUAAUGGUCAGUAGUACUUGUAAAGAAAUAGGUUUUGAGAAGUUUUAGAUUAUUUUAAAAACCUACUUGGAAUUAAUUAAGAGUUAAUAAAACAACUAGAAUAUAAUUUGGUAAGCUAAAAUUAUGACUGUCCCUGGGUAAUAAGUCUUCCUUCUCAGACAAAGUCAGAAAAUACAGCAUGCUUCUUAGAGAGAAAGCUGGGCUCUGCUAUGCAAAUCUAGAAGGUGUGGGGAAACUUGAAACCCGAGAGAAUGUUUUUAAUAUUUGUCCUCUAGGUGUCUGAUUUCAGAAUGUAUCCUUUGAGAUUAUGUCCAGUUAAGAAAAAUCACUAGUUAAGAAAUCGACUGUAACAAACGCAAAAGAGUAAUAAUGUGAUGGCAAUCUUCAUUUCUGGAUAAAACCUGACGGGCUGGGAGUUCGUGUGUGAGCGAGUGAGCAGAUAUGGAUACUUGCUCCCAAGCAGGGGAACCGAUGCACCUAAUGGCUGGCCUCGUUCCAAGAUGCACAAGAAGAUGCUGUUUGCCGCGCUUGUUUAAAAUCCGAUUGGAAAGCACGGUUCUCCGGAAUGUCUUUCUGAGCGGCCAACGGCACGCCUUUCCCUAGCUGUCCCCAGCGGUGAGCUGUGUCAGCGCCGGGCCACUGCCUGCCAGAGCGGUGUGUACAGCAAGGAAAGGACUAUAGAAACAGGCGUCUUACAAGGGAAGCUGAGAGCGGAGUGUAAAACCCGACACUGCCUGGCAUGGUGAUGCCCACCUAUAACCCAGCACUGGGAGAGGGGGUCAGGAGGGUGGAAGGAAGUGGGAGUUUGAGGCCAGCCUGGGCUACACAGAGAGACCUCGUUCCAAAAAAAAAAAAAAAAAAAAAAAAAAAGCAAUGCCAGAAGUUCAGUGGUUCAGUGGUAACAUCUACUAAAGCAUCAAAAAUAAUGAGAGAAAUCAGGACCAAAAAAAAAAAAAUUUUUUUUAUUUUUUAUUUAUUUUUAUUUUUAUUUUUUUGUAAAGAAAGAAGGUUGAUUCUGUUGUGUAUCCUCCAGUUUUGUUAACACCUGAGGAUUUCCCCACUGGCCUAACAGCAUGAAAAGUUGUCCUUAAUCUUCCCUCGGGCUAAUAGAAUGGCCUCCCGGGAUGCAACAGGAGCCGGAAGUGAGGACUGAGGGGCAGGGGCGGGGUUAGUACAUAGCUGUACUGUACGUGUAUGUUAGAAACUGAACAUCCCAUCAUCCUCCUAUAUGUAUAGUUGAGUUCUCAGAUUUGUAAGUUUUUAUACAUCCCUUCACUGAAUAAACAUUUCAUUAAAUGGGCA